AGUUGCAAGGAAUUUUAAGGAUCUACACGUAGAUUAUUUUGUCAUGUUCAAAUCUAAAAGUGUUAGUGGUAUCGAGGAGGUUAUGCAGCAGAAGGCGCCCGGGGUGCCUAGUAAUCUAAAACUCCAACAUCCACACACCGCUUCGUCGCAAAUUUUGCGUAGCAAGAACUUUACGGCGAAUUUCUUCAAAACAACAUUUAGCUACCGCAGCAAGGCGGUUACGCCUACAUCUUCCAGUACUGUCGAGAAAACUAUCAAAAUAGGCAGCGCGGAGACUAAGCCUGUAACUAGAAACAGGCCUAGGACAGUGCCUUUGGCCGAUACGACCAAUAAACCUAAAGUCAAAAGGACUUUAGAUCGAAGCAAGUCUACUGGCCCUUACAUUGAUAGUCUGGCCGUCGAACCUGAACGACCCCUCAGGAACAAACCCACGACACCUGAUCCAGGUGGACCGAAACCCAUCAAAGAAACUGGGAAAAAGAACGAGUCCAAAAGUUCUAAUGUGAUAUUGCAAAUUGUGAAGAAAUCUGCCAAAACAUCAGCACCCAAGCUACCAGUAACAUCAACUGACAGUAUCCUACCGCCGACUUUGAGACCGAAAACCGACAAAAACUUGAAACUUACGAAAAAUAUCAACAAUAACGAUGUAUGGACAAAUCCUAAUGACAUCAAGGCUCCUCAAAGGAAGGUGCCAUCAGUGCCUGUAAGAGGGCCAAGUCAGGGGAAACAGGAGUCUACUCUAAAAGGGGCUCCGUCAGUUUCGAGCCUCGACUCGAAGCACCACAAAGUUGCACCAUCACGCGACAAAGCAUUGAAAAUCUUUGGGUCGAAGGAGAAGUUACAUAAAGCUCAUAAGAAGAAGGACUUGGGGAAUAAUAAUGCAGUUUUAGAAGACCCUGAGUUAAGGGAAGGUUUGGAGUAUGAAGAUGGACAGGUUGGAGUGCACGCGUACGGCAGUGCCGAGGAGUUGGGGUCGGUAGACGGGCGAGGCUCGCAGGAGUGCGUCAGUCUGCCCGUCACUCUGAAUGCCGAUCACAUGCCCGGCUUCCAGGAAGUGGAGCUCAGGCCUAGAGUACCAUCUGAGGCGUCGUUGGCAUCCGGGGUCCGGGAGAUAGAAUCGCUGAGGAGAGAGCUGGAAGCUACAGUGAUGGAACGAGCACAGCUGCAGGCCAGGGUUGAGGAGUUACUGGAGAAGGUGACAGAAGCCGACCGGCUUCGAGGGGAACUGGAGAGGAUGAAGAGCAUGGAAGCGGAGCGGUCGGCGGCGCUGGAGCGGCUGGCGGACGAGAACGGCGCGUUGCGCGCGCGGCUGCGCGGCGUCGCGCACUCGCCGCUCUCCGACAGCGAGAAGCGGCAGCUGCUGCUCGCGCCCGCGCCGCGCCGCAUGCACUCCUCCGCGCCCGCCUCUAUUGCGCUCGCUAAUGGUGAAGGCGACAGCGGCGAAGCCAGUACUCCGGAGUGGGACAAGCAUUCGUCGUCGUCUCUGAGCGAGGUGUCGGUCGCGUGCCUGCAGGACCGCAUCCUGCAGAUGGAAGAGCACCAUUAUAGUACAAGCGAAGAACUGCAAGCUACACUAGCGGAACUGGCUGAUCUUCAGACACAGCUGGCUGAUGCUCACGCAGACAACGAGAGGCUGGCUGAUGAGAAGCAAGUUCUGCUCGAGUCACUGUGCCGACAGACUGAGAAGCUUGAGGAUAGUCGCACUAAGGUGGACACAUUACAAGAGCUCCUACUGCGAGAAGGUGUUGAACCAGAGACAUUGGUAUCUGGAGACGCCGACCAGCAGUUGUUUGCUGUCCUCAAAUUAUCUCAAGAAGAGCGCAGACAUCUGUUGACAAAACAGGAGCAGUUGGAAGCUGAGCUCAACCAAACGAAGACUGCGUUGGAGGAAAAGACCAAAGAGAACGAAACAUUAGCUGAGAGGAUACGUGUGUUAGAAGCGAGCGUAGAGCGAGCAGAAUCAGAGCGAAUGCGAUGCGAACACGAAGCGGACUCGGCACAGGAGCUCGCCGCCACUCGUCAGCAUCAGAUCGCCACGCUCACCGACCUGCUGGAUGCUGCUAAAGCUAAGUUAGAAGAACGAGCAGGUGUAGCGGAAGGGGCAGCGGAAGCGGAAGCGGCGGCGGCCGCAGCGCGUCGCGACGCGGAGGCGGCGGCGGCGCGGGCGCUGGCGCUGGCAGAGAGGCUGGCGCAUGCGCAGCGACAGUUGGAUAGAGCUCAUUCCGAUGCGAGGAAGAUGCAUGAUGAUGCUAUGGUGUCGCGAAACAACGCGAAAUCAACGAUAUCGGAGUUGGAAUUCCAGAUCGAACAGCUGCGACAGGAGAAGACCGCCAUGCAAGGAGAGAUGAAGACAUUGCAGGAAAACGCAGAGGAGAUGCAAAUACAGGUGCAGAUGGCAUCAGACGAGAAGUUAUCGCUGAUGUCCCGCGCGGGCGAGGCGUUAGCGAGGGUGGCGGAGCUCGAGCGACAGCUGCAGGACGCCCGGGCACGACAUGCACAGCUCACUAGAGAUCGGGAGAGAGAUGAAGCCGAAUGGAAGCAAUUCCAAAGCGAUCUUCUCAUGACGGUCCGUGUAGCCAACGACUUCAAAACCGAAGCCCAACGUGAACUAGAAAGACUAGUCUCCGAGAACAAAGUCGCCAGAGACAGGAUACGACUUCUAGAAGACCAGAUGCACUCCCUCAAAGGUGUUGACAGGUCCGAAUCUAUGGAUAGCGUUUAUUCAGAUGAAAAUAUAUUAGACUCCAAGGAAUCUCUCUCUCAAACGAGCGAUGAUAUGAGUCCAUCUAAAGAAGUAUUCAAGAGUAUAAGAACUAGAUACUUGUCUAGAGUGCAUAGUGUUUCUGAACUGCCAACGAAAGAAGUCAGUUUGAUAGACCAAGCAUUCUUCAGGUCUAAUAAUUCCAUAGAAGACAAAACAGAAGUGAACGAUUUGUUAAAAGACCAAUUUAAAAUUGCAAUCGAAAAUGUCACCACAGACGAGACCAAUGUUGACGAUAGCCCAAAAACACCUUCAGAUGAGUACCCGACUAGAGUGUUGGCUGAAACUGUCUUACCUCCUUUUAAAUCUAAGGAGUUGAAAAGACAAGAUGCAAUCGACCUUUGUCGAGAUUUAAAUGAAAGUCCGCCUGCUGUAUCAGAAUUGCCAGUGAAGCCACCCAGAUUUAAGUUCCUGAAGUCAGAUUCUGCUUUUGCUCCAAUACCGAGGCAACGCACAAUUUUUAGCACAAAUCUGGUAGGAACGUUUAAUGGCAAACCAAAGGCUUACAGUAUGGAUAAUCUUAAUACAAACGAAGAGUAUAAAGAGGCUUUAAAUGAAGCUACAAGUGUAGAUUUACUAACUGCGAACACUCAAAGUGAAACGUCUCUAUUUACAGAAGGAUCUGACAGUGUAUUCCUUUCACCUUUUGAGAAAAAUAAUAACAAAGUCACCGCUAUAUUAGAGACUAAUAAUAAUGAUAUAAAUAAAGAUAUGCCUGUAGUCAAAGCCGAAGAAUUACUCCCCUUCCCAUAUCCAGAUGACAUUAAGAAAGAACCAGUGGUUGAUUUGAUACAACCUAAAAAAGAACUACUAAGAGAUAUUCCCAUUGAUGAUAAUGUUGAAAGACAACUAAAGAUGGUGAAUGAAGAACUUAAACUCACGUUCAAGGCUGCCAUAGGUAGAAUAAUCGGUAAUAAUAGAAUCAAGAAAAGAGCAUCUAUGUGUACAAAAGUUUUGACCGAAAAUCAGAGCCCAUCUGAACCGGAUUCUAAAACUAAAGACAUGGAUACUAUUGAUAACAGCAGAGAUACAAGUCCACCAAGCUUACCGAAAUUACCAGAAAAUGAGCUGAAAGCUCAACCUGACAUAAAAAUAACAGAUGUAGAUACCAAAGAUGAUAAUAGUGCACUUACUUCUCAAGUUAAUAUACCCAGUCCAGUACAGGAAAGUAGCAAUCCCUUUACAGAAGCUGUAAAAGACGUUCCUCCUCCUGAACCUACAUCAGAGCUUCCUAUAGAUGAUAAUGUAAGCUAUCGUUUAACGAUAAACACUACAGACUUAGGUGACGAUACACCAAAGAUAGUACCAGUGCAAAAUAGUGCAAGUGAUAGUAGCCUUAAUACUAAAAGGACUGCCAAUACUUUCAGAACUUUCUUAGCUCCAAUAAAAUUAAGUAAUGGGAAUAUUUCACAGACCUCCCCAAUUAUAAUAAGUCCAGUACUAAUUCAACCAGUGUUUUUUAAACCUCUUGCACCUCAAGAGACUCCGGUGGAACAAAAACAAGAGGCUAAGAAAGGAACUGUAUAUUACAGUGAUAUUGAUCAAGUUGCUGUUACUAAGGACGAUAAAGUUAAAGAUGAGAAAACUAGUGAAGAAAAUACCAAAAAGAAACCUCUUUAUCAAAAAAAUGUUAAAGCGAAACCAUUACCUUUCCUAUCGUGGAAAACCUUUGGGUCUAACGAUAACUUGCCAGAAAACGAGUCUGCUACUAAAACGAGUAAACCUAAACCCUCACCUAUAGAAAUAUCAAAGAAUGUAAACACUUUUUCAAAAUCACCUAUACCACCCUUAGAACCAGUAAAAACAAAAGGUCUUGCUCCAAAAGUUCCAACAAAAUCUUCAGACCCUAGCCCAGGAGUUGGCAAGUUAUCUAAGAGCCCUCAAUGGUUGCAAGACAACAAAUAUUAUCAGCCCGUGGAAAGUGUACCCUUUGUUAUAAACACAUCCCAGUCAGUUAAUCCCAAACCAGUGGAAAUCAGAAGAGAACCUGCAACUACAGUAGCAAGCGAUUUACCACAACCUGCUCCAAGAAGAUAUUCAGAGACACAAGAAAAUGUCUAUGAAGAAAUAGGUCCAGCCAUCUCUGAAAUAACCAAAGACGAAAACAUAGCGGAUGAUGAAAAGAUUUCCAAUCAAAGACAGUCUUCAAGCGAGGAUUUUGAGUCGGUUCCUAGAGAAGAGCUGUUAAAAGUACCCAGAAGAAUAAAGAAACCAAAAACAAAUGAACGGUUAAUGAAAUCUAAAUCGCUAGAUUUUGCUGAACCCACAGAGGCAGUGAAAGAGAUGUCCAGCAUUACCAAAUCGAUAAUAUCGUUAUCGAAAGCGCCAAGCGCGAAAGACUUGCCAAAGAAACCUACAGGAGCUGUUGUAGAUAUAGUGCAAAGUUUAGAAAAGGCACCUACUGAUGUAGUUGCACAGAGGAAAUUAUCGCUGCAACAUCCAACGUCUCCAAGUAUAGAUACCAAUACAGGUUCCUUGCCAAGAGAAAAGCCAUAUUGGAGGACUUUAGAACACAAACGGUUGUCGCACCCACUGAGAUCGCUCAAAGACCCUCCUCCGAGAAGACCGCUACCCAUACCACCACGGACAGAGGAGACUCCGCCUCCGCCGCCGCUGCUGACCAGCGCUUCGUUACAGGACAUCAUGGCUACCGCAGCUUCACAUAGGAGGACGAAAGGUGUAAGCCGACAAGACUCGCGUCUGUCAGUGAAGUCUCUUAUCGAGAGUAUAGAGAACGCGGCGAAGGCAGCUAAGCAGCAGUCGCCAGCCACCACACCAGUGGGAGAAUGGCCACAGCAAACAACAGUAGGUGUAACAACAACGUCGACGUCUAUAAAGAACGGUAUAGCCGAUGCCACAGCGGCUACCAACGGCAUGGGCGGCUCCGCCUUCUCGUCCAAGCCGCCCGCGGCAAGGGGCGCUAGGCCUUCGCCCAUUGCUAAUGAGGCGGCGCAGGCGAACAUGCCGGACGAGCAGCGGGCGCUGCACAGCUUGCAGCAGAAGGCCAUCGAGAGCUUCGUCAGGCGGAACAGCUAUGGAGAUAUAUGUGAAAGAAAGGACCCAUUGAACGCCUUACAAGUGAAAAAUGGUGGGUCGAAACGCAAUGCGCUGCUCAAGUGGUGCCAGCAGAAGACUCUGGGAUACAAUAACAUCGAUAUUACUAAUUUUAGUUCAUCCUGGAACGAUGGCAUGGCGAUAUGUGCUCUGCUGCACUCGUACUUAGGCGACAGUCGCAUCGCGUACUCCACGCUGUCGCCGCACGACAAGCGGACCAACUUCUCCGUCGCCUUCGCAGCUGCCGAGUCUGUUGGCAUACCUACCACACUGAACAUUCAAGACAUGAUCCAACAAGAACGGCCCGACUGGCAGCAAGUGAUGGCGUACGUGACCAGCAUUUACAAGCACUUCGAAACGUAAACAAAUACCAACCUUAACACCAGGUGAUAGAGAACAAAUUACAUUAUGUCUUAAUUAUAUGGAUAUAUACGAUAGAUGGCUCAUAGAUGGCGUUACUGAUAGACUCAAUAAAUGUCAUAGGUAUAGGAAAUACGCCUUGGACAACAAGUUCUUAAAAUUUUCAAGCUUUCAUUAAUGUUUAGUCGAAAAUAUUAUCGCUAUUCAGCAAAAAAAAUAUCUUUAAAAAUAAACAGCCUUUUUGUAGCCUUUUCAAUAUUAAUCAAAUAUAUGUGAUAGUGAACUUUAUUGGAAAAAAUAUCUAAGAAUUUCAAACUGAAAAAAAGUAGAAGUAAAUAAACAACAUGAAAAAAUAUUUCUCAAAAGCUAGAUAUGUAGCUAAAUAUAAAGGCUAGUAAAUAUAGCUUAAUAUUAUUAUUCCAUCGAAAAUUUGGUUGUAAUACAUUCCUAAAAAAUUGCCUCAUAUUUUUGAACUGGAGAACUUUUGUCUGGGAAAAAAGACGUUUUAGGCCUUAUGAAAGAAGUAGGUAUGUGUACUAAGGAAGAGAUUUAGCGUGUAUGUGAUAGUGAAGUAGGAUUUUGAACCUUAAUAAUAUAGCUAUAGAGUUGCCUCGUGGUAAUCUUUCGGUCCAACUCGGCGACUAUGGGCGCCAGAAAGAUUUCAAGGCUAGCUUAAAAUUUUCAACUUGAUGACCACGUUUGUGCAAUGGUCGCCAUGCCGGACUGCCGAACUGAUGGUCCCGGGUUCGAUUCCUGGUACGGUCAACAUUUGUGUGAUGAGCAUGCUUGUUUGGUGUGGUCUGGGUGUCAUUAUAUGUUUUAUAUAAGUAUGUAAAGUGUAGUUUAUCAGUUGUGUAAGCACCCAUAACACAAGCUAGAUAGCUUCAUCAUCAUCAUCAUCAUCUCAGCCAUAGGACGUCCACUGCUGAACAUAGGCCUCGCCCUUUGAUCUCCACAGAUAGCUUACCAUGGGGCUAACCGACCAUAUGUGAAGAUGUCGCAAUAUUAAAUUCCAAUAAAUUUAACACGUAUGGCAUCAAAAAUAAGGUUCAAAAUCGUAAAUACAUUUCAAGCUAAGUAAAAGUGUGUGAUAGAAAAAUAAAAUGCCUUGUUUCGGCCUUAGGUUGUAUUGAGCCGUCUUUUCACUAUAAAGACUGAUUCAUUAGAUUGAUAGGAGGGUACCAUCUUAGUAAAGGAUACGACCAUUUAGUUUUAAUUUUAAAUAACUUACAUUUUAUACGCCUUCUCGCUAGUGAUUAAAAAAAACUUGUAUGGUCUUUUCUAAGCUAAAUGUGCUGCUAAAUACUUGAAUAAGAAUGAUGUAAAAGUCAGUAAUGAUAAAUAAAUAAAUAACUUGAUAUGAAUGUGUAAACAAUAGUCAUGUUUCAGAUAUAAUAAAAAUAACAAUAGGUCACAAGCAGUUUCGAUAUUAUGAAUAUACCACGUAAUUUAUUCCAUAAAUGUAGGAAAAAACGUAUUUUUGGCCGUGUAUAAAGUAAAUAUACUCUCAAUAUUUAUAUAGCCUUAGCGUCUGAACCUUUUUUUUAUCGACGUUAAAAAUCAUCAAAUGACGGCUCCCGCUUUUGGUUAGCAGCGGUGAGGGAGUGUCAGACUCUUACUGACUAAAAACCGUCGUGGGCCUUUUAUGUACCAGAGCCGCGGUAACUCUUUCAAACAAUCCCGCAGGGUCAUUCUGGCGCCCUAAGUAAUACAAUAUUCAGCGCCCAUACCAAACUUUCAUUAUAUUCGGAGUUAGUAUAUUCUGGCGCUUUUAUUCAUCUGGCGCCCUAAUAUAUUCUUAUACCAAUAUUCUUGAUACAUGUGCAAAUAUAACUUAAUACAUAGCUCCUUUUCACCGUAAUAUGCAUACCUAUAUAACCUAAUAAAUAUUUCCACCGUAAUUAAUCCCCUCCCUAUUUUUGCCUUUAACGUAGUUUACAUAUUACUUCAUAAUAAUAUGAUAUGGCCUUUGAAUGUAAACGUGAUUGUCUAUUUAUACAUAUAUGUAGGUGAACGCUAGGCUUCUGAAUGAUAUACGAGUAAGAUUCGGCUUUACGUAUAUAUAGAGCGAAAGUUCAUUUAUGGAAUUGAAAUAUUACAAAGGCCCAAGUUUAGGCUUAUUAUGAAUUUUUGAGUUCAAUUUUCAAAGUGGCCAUUUGUUCCGAGAAAAACGGACGUUUGUGUUAUGAACUUGGGCCUAAUUAUGUUAUGAUAAUGUUUCCAAACGGGGAAAACGUUAUGCAAUUUAUUUCUUCAAAAUUAUUAUCAAUACGAUAUGAAAUUAACAUAUUGCAUACAAUUUUAUUAAUUUGAAACGUUUUUACAGUCCCAUUUUAUAUAUAUUUGUAAUUUUUCUGUUUGGGAGCUAUAUCAAUGUAUAUUGUUAACAUUAUCUAUACAAAAUACGUACUCGAACAACUUUUGUAAUUGUAACCUAUUUCGCAUCGCCAAAAGAAUAAGAUAGGUGAGCGCGGGAAAAUUUUCAACUAUUAGCAUUCUUAACCAAUAGAAUUUAAGCGUUGUACGCAAACUUUGUUGCUAUUGGUUGAUUUAAUAAUACCCGCAUUUCUAUUGGCUGAAUAAACAUUGAUUUUACUAUCUGGAUUACUUUCAUAUCUAGUCCGAAACAUUGAGUAAAAGAUACUCUUUAAAGUUACUUAAUUGGAAUUUUGGAAAAAUCCAGCAUUUUUAUUAAUUUGAGCAAAUCAAGAUCUUUUUUUAGUAAAUUAUUUUAGCAUUUUGAUAUUGUGAGCGUUUCUUUGGCUGAAUGUUUUGUGUAUCAAGUGUUCGUAUUUUGCACGGAGGACGAAAGAUAGCGGAGAUGCCAUAAGGAAGGUAGAUCAGGCGCCUUCUUGUAGGUCAAGCAACGUACGGUAGGCGUGAUCAGUUACUAGAACUAACGUGGCGUUCGGGUUCCUUGUCAAAUCAAAACCAAUGUGUCAAAGACUGGUCUUGAUUGAUUGGUGAGAUAUUUUGAAAAUUAUGGGCGGAUUUCAUAGAAGGCAAGUAACGCGCUACUUUCUUAGAACAUUUUGCUUUAUGACAUCUCCGCUAGUCAUUCUGUUCUCCAUGGUAUUUUAAAAUGUGAUUUUUGUAUUGACAUCUUAUUAAUUGUGAAUCAAACAUGCAUUGUGUGAAACUUAAUAUUAUUGUUUGAGGUAAAUAUUUAUUGGAGGCUGUUAUGUACAGUGUGUUUGGUAACUAGAACAUUUUCGGUUGAUAUUAGAUUUAAACUAUGUACUUUGUAAACUCUGUCCCAAUUUUCGUGGCACAAAGUGUAAUGUUUAGGAAAAAAAUAUGGUCUGAAAUAAACUUUGAAAAAUGAUUUUUAUUAUUUUUCCUUUGUUUGAUAAAAAAAACUUUUCUAUAAAAUCGUUUUGUGUAUGGUUUACACUUUGUGUCAAGUAAUUUGGGUGCACUUUAGAUAUAAUUUACGUAACAUGCGUUGUGUUACUUCUGACUUGGUUGUUGAUGCUUAGUAGUUUAAUUAUUACAUAUUUUGAGAUAAUUGUAUUUUUGUAAAUAUAGCUUUUAAAUAAAGUUCCUGAUUUAUUAUAAA